AUCCUUGAAAUGCACUUGUUGGUUCCCUGUGCAGGAGCGCGUCGGUGCGUCGCCUUGGUAACGGCAGGCGGCAGCAUGGACGAUGCGGCGGACACCAGACGGAGGAUUAGCAUCAUCGUGUCCCAGACGUACCAGGAGCGUCGCCGGCACGUGGUGUUCAGCAGUGUGACACCCACGGACAGUCUGGUGACCUUCCCUUCCCACCCGGACCAUAGCUUCCAGCACUUGCGCCGCUUGCACCACAAGGGCGUGCAGGCUGUGGUGGAGGUGGUGGAAGGGGCGUGCCAGACCGAGGUGCGGGUGCCAUGGAGCAGAUGGGUGGAGACGACGCCCCCCACCCUCCCAUGCCAUGACGAGGACGCCCCCCCAGUGACCAUCUCCCAGGAGGUGCUGGACAGGGUGGAGGCAGCCGUGCAGGAGACCGCAGCUGUGGACGUGCUGAGCGACGAUUGGGGUCAGCUAGGGCUGGUUGACCGCUCCACUGCCCUCCUCCUGCGACCCUUCAACAUGCCCGGCAAAGGGAUCUCCCUGACCCACCUCUCCCCCUCCCAGGAUGAGGACCAGGAGGGGGAAGGCGAGAAGGCCCCGUACAAGGAGGAAGGGGAGGACGAGGAGGAGGAGGAGGAGGAGGAACCGUCUUCACCCGACAUUCUGAAGUUACAAAUGUUGCAGAGGAAAAUGAUGCGUCGGAUCCACGAGCGGAGGAUGGCGGCGCGGGCGGCGGAGACCGUGGUGCAGCGCUUCAGCCGCCACUACCACGCCCGCCUUGCUGCCCUGGGCGAGGGGCGGGACACAGCGGGCGGGGAGGGGGACGGGGAGCAGGGCACCAAAGACGAGAAGGAGGAAGAAGAAGAGGAAAAAGUGGAAGAAGGAAGUUUGGUGGAGGACGUGCAGAAGAAGGAAGAGGACGACGAGGAUGAGGAGUACGAAUCCAUAGGAACGCCAAGUGUGAUCGUGCCCUCAGACGAUGAGGCGUGGUGACGUGCACACACACACACACACAUACACCCUAUGUACAUUUUCAGUUUAACUGCCUAAACAAUAAACCGUUUAUUAUUAUUAUUAUUAUUAUUAUUAUUACACACACACACACACACACACACACAGAGGUACAGUAAAAUCCCUCUUAUCCGGCAUCAACGGGACCGCCGACAUGCCGGAUACUUGAAUAGAAGUGAAAUUAUGUCCACAAUCACCACCCUACACUCACGCAUCUUACCAUAACAAAGAUCAGCUGAUCUUAAUCAGCAGCUGAUCUGAUCAGCUGCUUAAGUGUAAGCACAACACGCUUCCUCUUUUCUACAGCUUUAGGCAUGAUGAAGGCAUCAGGUGAUAAACAGUGCACACGCGGGACUGAGUCAUUGAGUAAACACAGUGCAGUGGGCCGCAGGUGGCGUGAAGCAGUGCGCUCUGGUGGCGAGGGGACAAAGUAUGCCUCGCGCGGGAAUUUUAAUCGAUUUUAUGAGUACACAUUGAUUUCUUAUUGAUUUUAAGGCUUGGGGCCUUGUGCCGGAUACUUGAAGCUGCCGGAUACUCGAAUGCCGGAUGAGAGGGAUUUUACUGUAUCUCUAUAUCAACCAGAAGAAGCUAGCUGUUACUGCAUCCAUAUAUCCUUGUUUCUGUCUUCAGUAACCCUACGUACAAGCAGCAGGCCGUCGUCGUCGGGCAAGUUGUGAUCGAUUAUAUUAUAAACUGCAGAAGGUAACUUUCACCCAUAGUGUGUGGUGGCGUGCAGGGCUUGGUCUUGCCCGAGACUCCUUGGUUCCAUCGCCACUUCCUUUAUAUUCACGUGUCUUUUCACAGCUUAGUGAGGACGCGUAGUGUGUCCAGGUAUUCAAUCAAUAAAUUAUUUCAUAAGG